AUGGAAAGCGCUUUCGGCAGGUAUCUUUCUUCGCCCUUAUUCACCUUUACGGUAGGUGCCGAUAAGAAGCAAAUUACCGUUCAUUCUUCUGCUUUUGCGGGGCUUUCUCGAAGCCUGAAUGCUCUCAUGAAUGGCGAAAUGAUGGAGGCAAAAACAAGACACGUUGACUGGUCAGAGGUCGACGUUGACACAUUCGCUCGGUUAUGUGAAUUUGCCUAUUGCCGAGAUUACACUCCCCCUUCAUUUCGCCUCGUUGCUGGCAAGUUUCCUCGCUUUAAUUUGGGCUCGUACGACGCUAUACCGGAGCCUGAGCCGGAGCUGGAGCCUAUACCUGAGCCUGAACCGGAGCCCAUCCCUGCGUUUCGCUAUAGAUAUGCGUCCCUUCCAUCCAAAUACCCUCCGUCCGAUCCCUUCUCCAAUGAUGAUCCUGAAAUGCCAUACAAGGAAAGAAGUUUCUGGACUAAACAAUUGCACAAUGCAUUUGAAGGGAGCCUUGUCGUCUCAAGCCAAAGUGAGGACUUGGGUGAUACUUUCACACCCCCUAAAAACACCGGGUCUUGGGAAGAUUUCACCCCUGUGUUUCUCGAACAAGCCCGACUCUAUGUGCUGGCCGACAAAUAUGGCAUAGAGCCGUUGAGCCAGCUGGUCCUUUCCAAGUUGUAUCAAACUCUGAAAAGCUUCAAGCUAUAUGACACGGGGGUCAGUGGUAUUGUGGAGCUUGUUCGAUUCGUCUACUUGAACACGCCACCAAGUUACGAUAGUAAGCUUGACGCCCUGAGGAAUCUAGUGACAUGUUAUGUUGUUUCUAUUCUUGGACAAAUUGGUGAAAACGAAAGUUUCCAGGAGCUUUUGGAAGAAGGUGGUUCUUUCGUCUCUGAUUUCUGGCGUAUCAUUUGGAGAGUCGAUCAACCCUCUUCUCGCUUGAAAUAA